GAAAUUGGGGUCCCCAUCUCAUCAUCGUCCCCACAAGUGUCAUCCUGAACUGGGAGAUGGAGUUGAAGCGUUGGUGCCCCAGUUUUAAGAUUCUGACGUAUUAUGGAUCCCAGAAAGAACGCAAGCUGAAGAGACAGGGCUGGACUAAAGCCAACGCGUUCCACGUGUGUAUCACAUCCUACAAGUUGGUGCUACAAGACCACCAGGCGUUCCGCCGCAAGAACUGGAGAUAUCUCAUCCUGGACGAGGCCCAAAAUAUCAAGAACUUCAAAUCUCAGCGCUGGCAGAGCCUCCUGAACUUCAACAGUCAGAGACGACUGCUGCUCACCGGGACGCCGCUGCAGAACUCGCUGAUGGAACUUUGGUCUCUGAUGCAUUUCCUGAUGCCGCACGUCUUCCAGUCUCACCGCGAGUUCAAGGAAUGGUUCUCCAAUAUUAGGGGUAUCCCAACAGGUGGGAGGGGUUAUAUUAGGGGGGUUAUAUUAGGGGUACCCCUACAGGUGAGAGGGGUUAUAUUAGGGGUACCCCUACAGGUGGGAGGGGUUAUAUUAGGGUUAUUUUCCUGUGUCCAAUCACGGGAGGGCAUUGUGUACCACAUGGUCCUGUCCUCUAAUGGUGUUUUGUCUGGCAGGACGCGGGAAUCGCUCGCCAGCGGCCAUUUUAUGAGCGUCAUCAACAUUCUCAUGCAGCUUCGCAAAGUGUGUAACCAUCCCAACCUGUUUGACCCGCGGCCAAUCCACUCGCCCUUCAUAACCAGCGCCAUCUGCUACAGCGUCCCCUCGCUGGUGCUUCACGCUCUGCAGCGCCACCCGCUCAAGUAUGUGGACACGGCUUUGUUUGACCUCGUUAACAUGGAGGGCCGCGUCAGCCGCUACGAGAGUGACGUGUUCCUGUCCCGGCACAAGCCGUCCCGCCAACUUAUCCAGGAGAUUGCCGACUCUCCGGACCCGCCUCCUAGGCCACGCCCACUAAAGAUGAAGGUGAACAGGUGCGUCUGGUGUCGGACCUUCUCCUCGUCCGUCCGCCCGCCCGUCACCUCCAUGACCUCACCUCUGACGUCGCCGUUGGUCCAGCCCUCUCCGGUCGUCGUGGCGACUCCUCCAGCGACCAAUGAAUUGGUAAAGCCGGCUCCAUUGCACAACUCCCAGCCGGUGUACAGUGGCCCCCAGCGCUUUAUCCUGACCCCGGACAUGCAGGCCCGCCUUCCAUCCGGAGAAGUCAUCAGCCUGUCGCAAUUGGCAUCCCUGAGCGGACGUCCCCUCCAGAGUCCCUCCGCCAGCAAACCCCUCACACUGCAGCUUCAGGGGGCCAAACUCACCCUCAGCGGCGCUCAGGUCCGGCCCCUGAGCAUCGGGCAACCUCGGCCAGUGCAGGGUAAUGUCCUUCACUUGGUGUCCUCCGGGGGGCAGCACCAUCUCCUCAGCCAACCGGCCCAGCUUGCUUUAAUCCAGGCCCUGGCACAGCAGGCGGCGGCGGCCCCGACCCCCACGGCUCAGCUCAUACAGAACAGCGCGUCGGCGCAGAUCGGCGUCCAGGCCAUGUCUGUCCAUGUCCUUCUCUCUCUCUCUCUCUCUCUCACCCCCUUCUCUCUCUCUCUCACCCCCUUCUCUCUCUCAGUAGUGUCCACUCAAGGUGUGGUGAAGAUUGUGGUCAGGCAGGCACCCAGGGAGGUUCAGUCCUCUCUGCAGCGCGCUCCCCAGGUACGCCCGGUUCUCCGUGUCUUGCCCAGUCCACACCCUGAGCAGAUGACCGCACGGGACGGAUCGGUGGAUCGGGCAGCUCCGGUUGUUGCCACUUCUACCAUCACUUUGUCCUCCAGUCCUCUCCUGAUGGUCUCCAGCCCAGCAGUGACCACAAGACUUCCCUCUCCCAGUCCUAUAACCCCAAGUACUGACGAUUCCUGCGCUCCCCCUCUGUCUGGUGUGGCCCUAAGACUUGUGGCAUCGGGCACGUCCCCCACUGUACAGCUAACAAACCACCAUUCCCCCCCUCCUCCUAGACAUACUGUGAGUCCUGCCCUGACCAACUGCACCCCCUGCCCACCAAUGAACUCCGCCCCUUCUAAUUGCACUGCAACACGUGCGCUCGUUGGUUCCGACACCUCGGCCAGUCCGGUACUUGUGAAAUCCUCCCAGAAUCUAGACUCUGCCCCUCUGGAUAGUCACCCCGUGCAGAAUGGUAAUGGCCUUCAGAACCAAUUGGCAGACUCCAUUACCAGUGUGCCGAGUACGGUGAACUCUCCUUCCCCUCCUGCCACCAACAUCCCCAAAGUGUCACCCACCACUUACAACCUGAGCUUGGUACCGGCCCUCAUUGCCAACGCGGCCGCCUCCAACACGGCUCGCUUUCUGACCAGUCCGCUCUCUCUCCUGGCUCUGUCUCCUCUUGCUUCUACUAACAGUGGCCCCUCACCGGUCAUCUACACCCCUACCAACGCCGCGCACUUUCCAACUCUCGCUGCUCCAUUGCCGGCUGCCACUGUGUCCGCCUCCUUACCAUUACUGGCUGCUCCUGUGUCUGGCCAGCUGGCUUCAUUUGCCGCUCCUUUACCCAUUUCAUCUGCUAACCAAAAUACAUUGUCAGCUUCUCUGACUGUGCCGCAUCCUUCCAUGGAGACACCAUCCGCAGUCCCCCUGCCUGCUCCAACCCCAGGCCCCCUGCCAAUGCUGUCUUCUCCAACCCCAGGCCCCCUGCCAAUGCUGUCUUCUCCAACUUCAGCAACCCUGCUGGCAGCCACUGCUAAGCUGGAGGCGUCCAGUAACCAGCCAUUACUCUUGUCUCCAGACUCGGCCUCGAUGCCUCUGCUAGACACGUCUUCAUCGGAUACCCUUCCUCCCCUCGUACUUAACACAUCUCUCAAAUUACCCUCCAUGGCUUCAGCUCCGGUGCAGAUACUGCCGGCGCCUGGAUCUAAUGCAGUUCCUUUAUUGGCCGCUGCAUCCGGUAAACUUCCUGUCCCGUUGAUCAGUGUAACGUCUGCCUCCACCAAUGUGCCAUUACUUCCUGCAUCCACUGCCACUCGGGUAUCUAAUGUUCCUGUGACCACACCACCUAUUCUUGCCACCACGUGCAUCCCCAACCAGCCUCCUUUAGUGAGGGCCACGUCUGCUUUGGCCUCGGUAAUGUUCACCACUUCUGUAACUUCAGUCACAACUCCUUCCUCAACCUUGCUCUCUACCUCUAGUUCCUUUCCCUCGUUCCUGCCGAAGCCAUCGGCUCCUUUACUUACUGUACAGGUCAAAGCUCCAACUCCGCUACCAUCUGGAUUACUAGAAGCCCCGGUACCUAUGACCUCUGUACCAUGUGAGGUCCCAGCUUCAUGUACCCGGACCGCUGAUGCCCCAGCACCCUUACUUCCCUCGGCUGCUUUGGAGCCAGCUACGGUCUCCGCCUUACUAGCUUCAGUGCCACCCCCAAGUUCCGCUUCAACACAGCCUGCCGUGCCCACUUUACAAAUCAAGGCCCCGACUCCCCUGCCUUCUUUACCGGCCUCCACAAUGACUCCAUCGAUGCCAGCCUCUGCUCCUGCUCCUCUCCCAUCAUUGCCAGCCUCAACUCCUAUUCCCUUACCUUUGCUAACAGCCUCCACCCCUACCCCAGUGUCCUCUCUGCCAGGCUCCUCACCAGACCCUUCACCGUUGUUACCGGUGUCGGCACCGGCCCAAGCGCCUGACUUAUCUUCUCCCAUUCUGGCUCCUUCUGUGGACCAUGCUCGCGUCUCACUGCUGCCUUCCUCUGGCCCCAGUCCCUUGGUCAUCUCUGUGUCCGCUCCCUUAACGCUAGCCGCUUCAUCACCUUCCUUAGUGCUUUCUGCACCCUCUCGCCUACCUCUUCUCUCUUCCCAACCGCUGGCUCCAUCUUGUGCUGUGGAUGCAAAGCCCUCCGGGAUAACGGUUCCCAAACCAUCACCCUCCACCUUAUCAGCCUCCCCCCUGCCCCCCUCCCAUACCAGCUCACCAGACAUUGCCUCUACACUUCCCACACAAGAAUCUAAGAGUUUCCCCGAGUCCUCUCUGUCCCUGUCCAUUGCUGGUCCUCCGCCAGUCAGUGUCACCUUCAGUACAGCCUCGGAGUCUGAGAUCACACUGGAAGGAGAGGAGUCCCGCGUCACUUACAGCUCUACCACAAACACAUCUGUGAGGCCCAGACGGCUGCUGCCCCCGCCACCCCGCUCUCCUUUUUACUUGGAGCCCCUGGAGGAGCAACGUAAAAAGCAGAAGAUUGAGCGAUUGGAAAGGAUUUUCCACCUGAAUGAAAGACGAUGCGCUCUGUCUCCGCUGUACGGCACCGAGAUCCUCAGCCUGUGCACCUUACAGAAGUCAUUUGGGGACACCUUGAGAAGUUGUAUCUUCACGCCAGAACAACGGCUGGAGCAGCUACGCCCCAUUAUCGAGAGGUUUAUAAUCGCCAUGCCUCCCGUGGAGGCCCCGCAGAUCACUUUGCACACCUCGCACCCUCCCCCAUCCAUGCUUCUUCAGGAGUCCAUGUUCAGAGAGACCUUGUCCCAAGAGCUGACACCCCACACUCGCUGUCUGCACCGUAUCAUCUCCAACAUGAGGACGCAGUUUCCAGACCUCCGGCUCAUCCAGUACGACUGCGGAAAGUUACAGACUCUGCACCGCUUGCUGCGCGACCUGAAGUCUGGCGGCCAUCGCGUCCUCCUCUUCACUCAGAUGACCCGAAUGUUGGAUGUGCUGGAGCAAUUCCUCAACUACCACGGACACAUCUACUACCGGAGGUCCCACCAAUCUCGGUCUCUCUAUCUUCAGGUUUUGAUGGAACGGUUUAACAUGGACCGGCGCAUUUUCUGUUUCAUUUUGUCGACGCGCAGUGGGGGUGUGGGGGUCAAUCUGACGGGGGCAGAUACAGUCAUCUUCUAUGACAGCGACUGGAAUCCCACUAUGGACGCUCAAGCUCAGGACCGCUGUCACCGCAUUGGCCAGACACGGGAUGUACACAUAUACAGGCUGGUGAGCGAGCGGACGGUGGAGGAGAACAUCCUGAAGAAGGCUCAGCAGAAGCGCAUGUUGGGUGACAUGGCCAUUGAAGGUGGAAACUUCACCACGGCAUAUUUCAAGCAGCAAACUAUCCGGGAUCUUUUUGAGAUGGAAGAUAAUACUCGAAAGGAAAGUGAAGGUCGUGUGGCCUCCCCUGCCCACAGCACAGAAGAAGGAGGAGCAUUGCGGCAGAGUCAUAUUUUGGAGCAGGCGCUUGGCCGAGCAGAGGAUGAAGAGGACACCCUGGCGGCCUCUCUGGUCCGUGCUGAGCAGGUCGCUGACCUUGCAGAGUUUAAUGAGAAUGCUCCACUAGAGCCAGAAGAGGAAGAACAAAACCGGGUGGAGCAGGAGAUCUCGGCGCUGGUGGAGCAGCUGACGCCGAUUGAACGAUAUGCCAUGUAUUUCCUGGAAGCGUCACUGGAAGAGAUCAGCAGGGAAGAACUCAAACAGGCUGAGGAACAAGUAGAAGCUGCCCGCAAGGAUCUGAUUCUAGCCAAAGAUGAUGGUCAAAGUAUUGAGGAAAAGUGGGAGGACGAAAUCAGGAGAAACCGUAAAGUGCGAACGCCCACGCCGGCCCGGCCAGCUGGAGAACGCGUUCGAAUGAGUGAGAGGCUACGAGGAAACAAGGCCGCUGAGCCCACAGACAUUGCAGAGAACAUAAUAAAUGUUCCAGAUGUUUCCCUCGCUGACCAACAGGUCCCUUGUGAAGUCUCUGUCCCGGCACUGGAAGAGUCCUCCGUUGUUGAUGUGAAUGACGGAGGCCAUGAUACGGAGACCUCCGGCAAUGCUGCGGAGACCUCCGGCAAUGCUGCUGUCACAUCGGAGUCCACCAUUUCCCAUAUAGCGUCUCCUGUCCCUCAGGCAGAGGAAAGUCCCGCAGAUUCUGUUAAACAAGAAACAGGCGAUGAAGCUACCGCCCCUCCGGAGGUGGACAAUGCGCCGGUGCCAAGUGCAGAAGUUACCCCAGGUAGCCCUGAGACUUGUGAGCAGACGCCAGGCAGCCCGGUGACCACUCCCCCACAGGAAGAACCCACUCCACCACGCACACCACGUAGAAAAGUCACCGCAGACGGUGAGAUUCUGCUGGCUGGAGCUGGUGAAGGCUCCCCGGCUGCAAAAGUCCUGAGGCGAUUGCCUGGACGCCUCGUUACUGUCGUACAAGAGAGGCUUCCUGCUGCUCGCCGUCACAUUAGGGGGAGAGGACAGCAAGCUACCUUAGACAAUGGAGCGCUCAGCCCGAACGUUGCCGAGUGUCAGAGUCCUCCCCAUGAUCUCUUGUCUGAGGACAACUCUGAGGCUGGAAGCCCCCCACCAAAGAGAAAGAGAGGUAGGCCCCCCAAGACUAGUAUAGACAUGUCCCCUACUGCAGUCUUGGAGAUGCCUCUGGGAGACAAGUCCCCUGUGCCACCUCCUCCUCCUCCUGUAGUUCUUUCUGAGUUACCUCCCCCAUCCCUCGGCCAGACCCCUGCGACUCCCAGCGCCUCCUCCAAAUUGACUUCAGAGAGCGAAAGCAGUUCUUCUGAGAAGAGGAAGAGAGGACGACCCCCAAAACGACGAGAAGCAUCUCCAGCAGCAUCGCCGACCUCUCCUACGUCUCCUAUGUCUUUCCCCCUCGGAGCUUUGCCGUCCUCUCUUGUGGUUUCCCCUGUUGGUGCCGUGCUACCGUCUCCCCUUUGUGCUUCACCGCCGGCUCCCCUUCUAUCUUCGCCCACGUCUGUCCUCGAAGAUGCCGCGCUCAAUCUUUCCCAGCUGGACACAACAGAAGCGAAUUCCUCCGGUCACACGAAAGCCGAUGACAAAAGACAAAGUGAUCCCCCCGCUCCAUCCACCAUUCCCACCGAUUCUUCCAACAUUCCCUCUGUGCGCGGCGAGGCCACGAGCAGCAGCGGUGCCGAGGAACCGAUCACGCCGUCGAAGCGUAAACGUGGCCGGCCACCCAGGUCGCAGAUUGUACCCAAAACAAACUCUGGUCUCCCGUCGCACAGUUCUCCUGACCGGAGUCCCAGUCCCCGGACCACUACUACGCGGGGCCGUCGGAGGAAGCCACCGAAAGCGGAAACCACCAAUACGGGGGAGCCGAGUUCUUCUCUCGCUGACACGGAUGACUCCUCCGAAGACGAGGAGGUUGUUAUCAGGACUCCUUUAACCCGCAGCGCCAGGACUCGAUUGGAGACCAGCCAAGCUCCUCAUGGAGUAUCUCCCAAACGGCAGCGAGGACGUUCUCCCCGCCUCAGUCCCAUCCUAGAAAGAUCUGCCACCAAAAAACGUAAGCCACCCAGCCCAAGCUCCCCCAGCCCGCCAUCCUCCUCCCCCCACGGCAGCUCCAGCGGCAGACAAAGAAGAAAACGACGUUGUUCCCCGGUAGAACGGGUUCUGCGCAGUUCCCUUACUGCCAACCCCGCCAGUAACACUCGCUCGGCGCGCAGUCAGCUGCUAUAUUUUCCCAGCAGUAACAGAGGCAGGAAGGCCAAGACGUGAGCCGGUGCUCCUGGAAGCAGGCUGGUGUCCUUGUCACUAUGGGGAGCAGGUGGAAGGGCCCCUGAUGACUGUCCCAACCAUUCCGGCGGCUGGCUACCUCUGCUCGUUAGCCAGAGCCCCAAAAAUUGAGACGCACAAUCUAUGCAACGACAACGGAAAGAACAGCAGCUGGUU